GCCAACUUGAGCGGCAUCAAUGCCAGCGCUGGCCAAUGAGAGGCAGGCACGCCAUUGACUCCCUUCACAGCCUGCCUCAGCCGCCCGGAACAGCAUUUGCCGACCUUUGCUCUGCGACUUGCGCAGCUCAUAACAUUCAUCCAACCGUAGACGCACACACCACAUUCGCCCUUCCUGCUUGGCCCGGCAGCAUCAGUGGAUACGAGGCAGAAGCGAAAUAGCGUGUCACGAUGGCUUCGUCCUUCAAGAUCAAGCUUCGGCUGCCGACGCGCGAUGAAGAUGAAGCUGGGAUGAGCAUAGCGCACCACAGCAGCACGCCAUUCUACAGCGACUCUGAUGCCCAAAGCGAAGAAGAGCGCGACGAGCUUGAAGAUUCUGGUGAUGAUGACCAGAGCCUCGAGGCCUCCAGCGUGGGUCAGGCUCAGUCCUCGCCUUUGCGACCCAAACAUUUAUCGUCGCCAAUUAAAGCCAGCGCAGAGCCCAGCCCGGGGAAACUCAAAGCCGGUGCAAAAAAAUCAUCAAAGAAAGGCGAAGGCCCGUCAGUGACCAAGCGCAAGAGCACUGGUAGUCUUCCCAACACAAAGGCAGCUGCAUCAGCAGCUGCAAGUGUUGACGCCCCUCGUACUCUCGACGACUUACCUGCGUCCAAACGAAGGAAGGUCAGCAUGAAGCUCGGGGCAGCCGGACCCGGUCGAGGCUGGCGCAAAGGUCUCAAGCAUGGGAUGAAGCCGCUGUACAAGAUGCCUGAUGGCUCUUUGGUACCUAUGAGCAUUGAUGAAGGGCGCAAACUCAAAGCUGCUGAGCUCAAAGCUGCACAGCAGAAAGCGGCUGAAAGAGGCAGCAGCCCUCUCGUUCCCAAGCAGAAAGGUGCCGCAGCAACUGGUUCACCUGCACCAUCUGCAGCAAGUGCCGCGCCCAAAAAAAGCAAAGCACCUGCCAGGAUCGUCUAUCCACCUAUCCCAGUACCCAAGAACGUGGUCCCAGUGAAGAAUUAUGCAAAGAUACCGAUGAGCUUCCCGGCCAUCGUCCCGCUGGACCGCUCGGGUACCAGCAAGCUACCGCGUCGAUGGACACAAGGCAAGCGGGAAAUCCUGACGCUCGGCGGGCGCGUUCUCGAACUGCCGACUUGGUGGGGCGGUCCGAACCUCGGGUUCGAGCCUGUUGUCAAGGAAGACGAAGUUGCACAGCAAGCUGGCACUGGCUCUGGGAAGAGUAAAUGUGCUGGUGCGGGCACAGGAACAACCACGACACCUGGCACGGGCGGCGCAAGCACGCCGGUACCGACAACGAAGAACCCUGCCACUUAGUGUUAGCGGAACCCCGCCCCCCUGUUGGCUCGCAUGCACUGCUGGUGCCGAUGGAAGGUAGUUUCAACGCGCACCAACAGCCACGAGUCGCAAGUCUAUCGAGGAGCCGGAAUUUUCGUUCAACUGGGCGAGCGAGUAGCCCAGCUUAUUCGCUAGCUUCACGAGCUCGUCACCGGGCUCCUCGGCUAACGCACACUUGCCUCAUCACACACCCUCAGCUCUUUCCGCAAGGAUCACGAUUCCACCGCUCUUUGCAGAGAGCUUGUAUAAGUAUUGCACUUUCUCCAACCCGAAAUUUCGGCGAGAGUUCCAAAAUUUUCGCUGGAAAAUGUGCGCACGCACUGCAUGUCCU